AUGAAUAAAAUCGACAGAGUAAAUCAUUUGCAAACAUUAAGCCAGUUUUCACUAUUUGUAGGGGCGGCUCUCGCGGCACCGCAAGGCUACAACUAUCAAUUAAAUUACGCUCCGAAUUUUGGCGGGGCCUUGACCUAUCCACAAGUACAGUUACUACAGAAGUUCGCUGCUAAACAAGAACAAUCAAUGGUACAACAACAAACCGUUACAAUUUCCGAGCCACAAGCUCCUGUUCAGAGUCAAAAUAUUGCAACAGUUGGUGGCUCGCAAUUCGCCAAUCAGUUAAUACAACUGGCAAAUUAUGGGCAACAACAGCAACAAGCACAGCUAUCACAGGGGAUUUCGGAGGUUCAACAAGCUCAGACACAUAGUUUCUCCCAGCAAAUACCUUCAGUUGAACAACAGCCACUACCUUUAGCGUUACCACAACCUCAAGUCCAUCCACAGACACAAUCUCCACAGCCUGCUCAACAACAGCCGCAAACCUUAGCCCAACCACAACUUCAGUCCGCGUCUCUGCCACAAAUUCAAGCAGAACCACAACCUCAGCCUCAAUUUUUACUUCAACCGCAGCCGCAGACGCUGCCUCAACCUCAACUUCAGCCACAACCACAAAUUCAACAGCAAUUUUUCCCUCAAUCACAACGCCAACCUCAACUUGUACCGCAGGUCCAGCCCACUGUACAGUUACAGCCGCAACUAGCUCAGCCGAUACAAUUCCAGCACGCAUCUCCACUCUCUCGCAUACCGGAACCCACAUACUACAAUAAGGAGUACUAUUAUCUUUCUGCACCACAGGAAAACUACGAACUGCCGCCAGACUUCAAUAAUCUAUUGAGCAAAAUGAAAAAGAACCUUCGCGUCGUGUUCAUCAAAGCGCCGGAACAGAACGGCCUCACAAAGACAGCUUUGCAAUUGCUGAAGGAUAGCCAGCAACCAAAGACGGCCAUUUACGUGCUAACGAAGCAACAUAAUGCCGCUGAACUGGCUAAGAAAUUACAACAACAACCCGGCUUAGCCCACCAGAAACCUGAAGUGAUAUUCAUCAAAUAUCGCACGCGCCAGGAGGCUGAGCAUGCGCAGCGCACUAUUCAAUCGCAAUACGAAUCGCUAAACGGACCCAAUCACUUUAAUUUCGAAAGCGUGGUACCAACGCAAAAUUUUAUCGGUUCCACUGCAGCAAUAGAGCCACGGCAGCGCCCGGCGGACCAGAUCGUCGUUACAAGUACGACUACGCCGUCGCCACUGGUCUAUCUGCCGCCGGCGGAGUGA